UGCUCAUCAUUUUAUAAUUUUGUUUUGCCCUGCCGGCGCGGUUCGACAGUUUUUUAGAUCACAAAAUAUUACUUCCUUGUAGUUAUAAAAUUAUUGAAAUUUAUCAAAUAUACAUCGAAUUAAUAGGAGUUCAUUUCCACAAUUAAAGUAAUCGCAGUGUUAAAAUUUUAAAGAUGUCUCGCCUGGAUCUGGUGAUAUUCGGUGCGACGGGGUUCACGGGUAAACAUGCCGUGAUGGAAAUGAGUCGACAGUUGAAGCAGUAUCCGCUUACGUGGGGUGUCGCUGGACGCUCCCAGAGCAAGCUGGAAGAUGUGCUCAAGGAAGCGGCACAGAAAACUGGUAAUGACCUCUCGGGAGUAAAAAUAAUAGUGGCUGAUGUGGGCGAUGAGAAGUCGCUUAAGGACAUGUGCAGUCAGGCCAAGGUGUUGGUGAACUGCUGCGGACCCUACCGGCAUUAUGGCGAGCCGGUCGUGAAGGCAGCUGUCGAAUGCAAGUCGCACUAUGUGGAUGUGUCAGGGGAACCGCAGUUCAUAGAAUCGAUGCAGUUGAAAUACGGCGAAGCGGCUCGUGAGGCGGGCGUGUAUGUGAUCAGUGCUUGUGGUUUUGACAGCAUUCCCACUGAUCUUGGGGUUGUAUUCCUGGAGGAAAAAUUUGAAGGCACAGUUAAUUCCGUGGAGUCGUAUCUGAGUUCAGAGGCGAAGGGUUCUGUAAGCAGCGGGAUGAUUAACUAUGGUACCUGGGAGUCGUUAAUUUACGGAAUAACACAUUUAAACGAAUUGCCGAGUCUGAGAAAGAAGAUCUAUCCUGAAAAGUUGCCAGAGUUUAAACCUAAGCUCAAGUCUAGAUCAGUCAUCCACCGGCGCCUAUCUGGAUGGUGUCUUCCCUUCCCGGGAUCUGACUCAUCCAUAGUGUACAGAACGCAGCGUACUUUAUUGGAACGGGACGGAAAACGGCCCGUACAAAUUAAAACAUACGUGAAAUUCGACAGUUUUUUUACUACGUUAGCUGUUGCAUUCUCUUCUGUGAUGCUGUUUAUAUUAACCAGAUUAAGUUUCACGCGGGACCUUCUCCUCAAACACCCUCGUUUGUUUACUAUGGGUGCGGUCACCCGCGAGGGCCCCAGUGAGGAAGUGAUGAACAGCACCACCUUCUCGUUUCUACUGCUGGGUGAAGGAUGGAGUCAGGGGUCUGAUGUCACCUCACCGCCCAAUAAGAAACUUGCAGUUAAGGUGUCAGGUGUGAAUCCCGGAUAUGGUGCGACAGUUGUAGCUCUCUUGUUCUCAGCACUCACAAUCCUUACUGAGAAGGACAAAAUGCCGAAAGAGGGCGGAGUUCUUACCACGGGUGUGGCGUUCAGAGAUACAAACAUUAUCCAACACCUCCACGAAAAUAAUCUUAAGUUUGAAAUUGUUAAUGAUGAAUUUAAAUAAAUUAACAUUGUUUUUAACAAUAUUUAUCCAGUAAAAUUUUUUUGGGAAGUUGAAAAAAAUUUAAUGAGCAAAGUGUUGUUUUUAUUAACUUUUUGUUAUUUUAUGUUAAUGAAGGGUGAGAAAAAUAUAUAUGGGCAGUGGUAAUUGUAUAAUGUAAUGAGGGUGUUAAAACGUAUAGAUAGAUAGAUAACCUAAACGUAAUAGAUUAUAUAAAACUCCAGGAGAUAUAGAACUGUACAGAGCGUUAACAAAUGAAAAUCAUUAUAAUUCCCGUUCUUAGGACUAAUAAUAUAUAUGAAAUUCAUGCAACAAUUGUUUAGUGAUCUCUCCUUCAAAUUCUCGCUGUCUUGUAUCUAGGUUUUCUAGUAUAACGUAAGCAUAUUUACUGCAAUGUAUCCCCACAAAAUAUCAGUAAAAUUAAGAAAAUCUCUCAAAGAUAAGUACGUAUUAAUUUCUGUAGGAAUCAUUGAUGCAUUUCUUAUUCAAGCGUAGUCAAUGUGUGGGCAGUAUAUGUAAAAAGUAAACAAAUCAUCGACGUCAUCACCAUAUACGAAAAACAAAGUGCUUACGUUAUACUUCUUAAUUUUAUUAAGAGACAUUUAAUUUAGGCUGGUUUUACUGUCACGCCGACCGCACGCGUCCCGUCGGCGCUGAUGGUCGAGAUAUAUGAACUAUGAGCGUUUUUGAAUGACGCGUAGCUAUCAGCGCGCACGGUGGUCAGCGCUGAUCGCUGCGGCCGUACGCGUCGCGCGUCGGCGCUGCGUUUUGUCAGCACUGCGUUUUGUCAGCGCUGCGUUUUGUCAGCACUGCGUUUUGUCAGCGCUGACGAUAGCUAGAGCGCCUCUGUUUUCAAUGAGCGUUUUAGUGUCGAACGGAACAGACGUCGUCAGCACGUACUUGUCUUCGUCUGUACAGUAAGGCAGUCAGUACGAUACUAAAACGAGCUACGCUGAGCAUCAUCGCUGAUCUAUGAGUGCCGACGUUGCGCGUGUGGGCCGCGUGACACUAAAACCAGCCUUAAACUUACGUGGUCAUUAUAGUCUUUGUAAUUAAAUUUAUAUUGUAAACCGUUGUGGUAUUUUUACUUAUAAUAAAUACGCGCUGCCAUUAUUUCAUUUUCAUUUUUCAUACUCAAUGUUAACAGCGAUUUUUAAGUUUUAGACGGUGUUUUAUAACGCAUUUAGAGUUAACCUUUUUUUAGUAACUAUUCAUGGUGCUAAUAUCGCAUUUAUUACUUAUUAAUGUGUUUUUAUAUUAUUAACUAUGUGCGUAAAUUGGUGUAUAUUUGUGAAAUUAAAAUGAAUAUA